AUGGGAAGUCUUCUACCUACAGGUGGAUCAAGCCCAAAAUUCUGUCAGUUAUACAUAUAUGAUACGGAGAACGAGAUUUCAAAUAGAUCGACAAGUAUUGGUGGAUCAACAAACGCUUCUACAUCAAGUUCAAGACCAUAUGAUCUCCCGAUUAUAGAAUUUUUGAAGGUUAUGUUAGAUUCAAACAAUGCGUUGGUGAAGUCUUAUCGGAUGGUAAGAGACAGUCUUCAUGAAAAUCGUGGCUCUAAUUUGAAGUUAAGACUAAUCGGAAAAAGAGAACAAGAUGGAAGGACGUAUAACUUACCAACUUCUUCUGAGGUAGCCGCUUUAAUUGUUGGUGAUAUUCAUAAUUCAAUUGAAAAAAGAGACAUCAUUGUUGAAACCUCAUCGGGAUUACUAAAGUGUAUCAGUGAAUUACAUCCUUCUUACCUUGCUCUACAGUAUCCAUUACUAUUUCCAUAUGGCGAUGAUGGUUACAGAGUUGACAUCCUUCAUAGAGGUAUUACAUCUUCAAGUAACAGCAAGCGCCCGACAUGUACGAUGAGAGAAUUUUUCGCUUAUAGAAUUCAAGAUAGAGAUCAAUCAUUCUCACUAAUUCUUAAUGCAAAAAGGUUGUUCCAACAAUUUUUAGUUGAUGGUUAUACCAUGAUUGAAAGUGAGCGAUUAUUUUUCAUACGUAAGCAACAAAAAAUUCUUAGAUGUGAGACUUAUGAGAAUCUGCGUGAUCACCAAGCACAUGGGAGUACAAAUAUUUCGGACGUUGGGCAACGUGUGAUCUUACCUUCUUCAUUUACCGGUGGUGCACGUUAUAUGAUGCAAAACUAUUUGGAUGCCAUGUCGCUAUGUAAAUGGUUUGGAUAUCCAGAUUUUUUCAUAACCUUUACGUGUAAUUCAAAAUGGCAAGAAGUUCAAAGGUUUCUUAAAGACACUCCACUUCAUCCAGAAGAUAGACCGGAUAUAUUAUUGGUUUACACAAUUGAAUUUCAAAAAAGAGGCCUGCUUCAUAGUCAUAUAUGUCUGUUUAUGCAUUCUGACUGCAAGCUUCCUACAGUUGACUAUAUCGAUCCACUUAUUUCUGCUGAGAUUCCAAAUAUUGAUGAAGAUCGAGAAUUAUAUUCACUUGUCAAGGAGUUCAUGAUUCACGGUCCAUGUGGAGCUGAAAAUUUCAAUUGCCCAUGCAUGGUAGACGGAAAGUGUUCUAAAAACUUUCCAAAGCAAUUCUGUAAUCAUACUUCAGUUGAUCCAGAUGGGUUUCCCUUAUAUAGGAGAAGAAAUGAUGGAAAUUUUGUCGAAAAAUCUGGUGUUCAGUUAGAUAACAGAAACGUUGUUCCAUACAACAAAUAUCUGUUAAAACGAUACCAGGCACACAUCAAUGUUGAAUGGUGUAAUCAAGGAUCUUCUAUAAAAUAUUUAUUUAAAUAUAUAAACAAGGGUCCUGAUAGAGCGACUUUUGCUAUGGUGCAAAGCAAUAAUGAUUCUGAUAAGAACGAUGCAGUCGAUGAAAUCAAAGAAUACUAUGAUUGUAGAUAUAUAUCUGCAUGUGAAGCAUCGUGGCGGAUUUUUAAAUAUGAUGUUCAUUAUAGGCAUCUUGCUGUGAUUAGACUACCUUUUCAUUUGCCUGGUCAACAACAAGUUGUAUAUGAGGCAGACGAUGAUAUUGAAGAUGUUCUUGACCGGCCUUUAGUUGCUUCUUCAAUGUUCAUAUCUUGGAUGAAGUGUAAUGAGAUCAAUAAAGAAGCACGAAAGCUUACAUAUGUUGAAUUUCCUACCAAGUUUGUUUGGAAACCUAAACUUCAAAGUUGGCAGCCAAGGAUAGUUGGAUAUUCUAUUGGUACAAUUCACUCCAUUUCACCUAAGCUUGGCGAAGCAUAUUUUUUAAGAAUUCUUUUAAAUAAAGUGAAAGGUCCAAAAUCCUUCGAAGAAAUUCGCACAGUCAAUGGUGAAAUAUGUUCUUCUUUUAAAGAUGCAUGCUAUAAUCUGGGUCUUUUGGAUGAUGACAAAGAAUACAUCGAAGCAAUUAAGGAAGCAAGUCUUUCUGGAUCUAGUUUUUAUCUACGUUUCUUAUUUGCUACGAUGUUAUUGUCCAACAGUUUGUCUAAACCAGAGAUUGUAUGGGAAAACACAUGUGAAUACUUGUCAGAUGGAAUUCUUUAUACUCAACAAAAGAGAUUAAAGUCUCCAGAACAAAUUUUACUCCGAAACAAUUCCAGUCUCAAGGACUAUAGAAGGAUGCCUUACCCAAAUGCUGAUUUGGUUUCAUCUUCAAACAAUCGUUUGAUAGCCGAGGAGCUAGAUUAUGACAUACCAAAUUUGAAGAAUGAGUUUGAUCGCCUCUUUGUUUCAUUAACCGACGAGCAACGCAACUUUUUCUUGAUAUAA